AUGGGGCGCAUCAAACUCCUGGAGUUCAUGCCCUGGAUUCUGGCGAUUGGCCAAGCUUUGGAACUGCAGAACGAGAACUUCGAUGACGCGAUCGCGGCGGCUGGAAAGAAUGCGCUGGUGCUUUUUUGCUCAGACUUCUGUCCCUGGUGUAAAAACAAGCUGAACGCGACCUGGACCGAGCUGAUGGCUGACUGGCAGGGGUCCGAUAAGGUCUUGGUGGCACAUAUCGAUUGUGGUCAACCAGCCUACGACUUGGGCGGGCUGAGUUCUCCGGGCUCGGUGCCUUCAGUGUGCAAGAAGCACGAGAUCGAUCCGGUCUGCGACAAGAAAACAGGGCACAUCCCGACCAUCAAGUACUUUGACAGGCAGCAGUCGAAAUGGUUCAGGUACAAGCGGGACUGGGAAGCUGAUGUCCUGGAGGCUUUCAUCCAUGAACGCCUGGUGCCAAAGUGCAUCGUCCGGACACACGAGCACUGUGAAGACAAGGACCUGGCUUACCUGGACAAGCACACCGGGAAGAGCCGGGUAAGCCUUCAGGCUGAGCAGAAAAGGCUGGAGGGGAUGAAAUCCCAGGGCAAAUUCACCAGGGAGCAGCUUAAAUGGCUGAACAGGCGGAUCAACAUGAUCAUGCAGCUGUCCAGCCAGGGCGUCGCCGAGGAGGAGAAAGUCGAACUCUGA